CCAUCCUCAAUCACUGACGACGCGUUCUUGAUACGUCUAAAGUGAUAGCCUCCUAAAUUUCGCUUUUUAGAAAAGACGUUUAUCUUAUUGACGCGCUCCUACCACCAUCUACCACCUUAUAACGCCUUCAAACCGAGCGAUCCACGCGCGCGACCCGCCCGCCAGACCGACGCCGCAGUAUAGCCAUGGCGCCGAAAUAUACACUAUCGGACUCGGAAUCAGAGGCGGAGGCUGCGGUUCCCUCCGAUCAGGCAUUGGAAAAGGCACUGCGGAAGGAAGUCGCGACGAAAUACAAGGCGAAAAAUUUCGAAGAACUCACCGUGAAACGCGUGCGUCGCGCCGUUGAAGAGAGAUUGAGUCUUGAGGAGGGAUACUUGAAGAAUACGGGCGACUGGAAAGCGAAAAGCGAGGAGAUUAUUAAAGAUGAAUUUGAAAUACUGCGAAAGAGUGCGCCCGAGCCAGAGUCCGACCCAGAGCCAGAGCCAGCCGUGUCGCGCCCUCUAGAACCGAGUCAGAAAUUUACAAACAAGCGACACAAGGUCGAAAGCACGCAGAAGCCCAGAAAGCGCCAAAAGACACAAACGCCAGUUUCGGACGACGAGGACGAGCUAUCGGAACUCCCUGAUGCCGAGAGUGAAGACGAGGUUGCAAAACCCAAGAAGGGCGCACGACGAAUGACAAAGACCACCGAGGUUAAGAAACCCAAAGAACCUUCACCAGAGGCACUCGAAAUAUCCGAUGGUGAAGCGGAGGCAGCGAUUGUGACCAAAGAUGACUCUGAGAGCGAAAUGUCCAUUGUGCUAGACGAGGAGCCUAAGCCCAAGGCCACGCGAAAGCGGAAAAGCAACGAGGGUACUUCAAAGAAGGUUGCCCCCAAGAAAGAAAAGAAAGCCGCCAAAGGCAAGGACGAGGACCUUGACCCGGAUCAAGCAGAGAUCAAGCGGUUACAAGGGUGGCUGGUCAAAUGUGGCAUCCGCAAGAUGUGGUGGCGGGAGCUACAGCCAUAUGAAACUUCAAAGGCGAAGAUCAAGCAUCUCAAACAGAUGCUGGAAGAUGCGGGGAUGACGGGACGAUACUCCGUCGAAAAGGCUCGGCAAAUCCGAGAUGAGCGGGAGCUCAAGGCGGAUCUUGAGCAGAUUCAGCAAGGUGCGAAGAAAUGGGGGACGGGCAGUGGAGACGGAGGAACUGAUGAACCUGCACCGUCGCGCCGCGCGGCUCGUGGACGUCAAGCGCUGGCGUUUUUGGAAAGCGAGGGAGAAGAGAGCGAUUAAUAUUAUUAUACGCGACCUCCGGUGGUUUGACCGGGUCUCUGUGUCAGUCUCGGUAUCGCAGUCCUCUUAUAAUGGCAAGAUAUCCUUUUUCAUGCCCUUUGUAGUCGUUAUACUUGAAGCGUAGGAAGCAGA